CUUCAGUAACCUCCAGGAAAGCUCUGAGGUUAGGGAGACUAGCGCAGCCAAAGAAGACAUGAGGAGUCUGCUGGCACCGCUGAUCGUGACUCUGGCCCUGGCAGUGCUCUGCUGUUGUGAGAAAGAUCCCAAAGACCCCGCAGGAUCUCCCAGCGCUGCCAGCAUCAAGAUUAAAAAGGAAGUUGCCAAUGCCUUUGUGAAGAGGCAGAAGAGAUCCAGCCUGUAUGAACGGUACUUCGAGUAUUACAAAAGUCCAAUGGAGCAGAUGCAUGAGCGUUGUGAAAACUACCCCCCCUGUGACUAUCUCUCUGACCAAAUAGGAUUUUCCAUGGCCUACAACCGUUUCUUUGGGAGAUACUAAGGACGGGAUGGUCACUUCGUUCAUUUUGCUUGGGACCACUCUGAACCCCCCAGGAGAAAGAAGGUUGUGGGUGGGAAGGAGGGAAGAAAAACAUCUAGAUUGGGGUCUUCUUCAAAACACCAAGGCAAUAAUUAUUGUUGAUCUUGCAUUAGCUUUCUUCCUUUCAUCAAAAAUCUUUCUCUUCAGUCGUCUUUUGUGGUAUUUUGAGCUUCACCAGAAAUGGCUGAGAAGACUCUGUCUGACCUCCUUCCAUUUGAAUCCCCAGGACACAAUAGGUGAAAAAAUUGUGAUCCCUUUCAAGAAAAUCAAUGUAUAUCCUAGAAACAUAACAAGAUGUUUUGUCUUCUUCUGCAAAAUGCAUGAGGAUUAUAGAAGGAGAAUGUCACAACAUGUGUAAGUGUGAUGGAUCUGAUCCUGGGAUACUCACUGGGAAGAAGGUGGAACGGCUGCCUCCUGGUACAAUGACUAGGAAAGUUCAGUAUUUUCAAGUAGAAUAGUCACCCUAAAUACGUGCUGAUGUAGGAUCAUUUUGCAAGGAUAGAAGUGUGGAAAUACUGUUACAUAGCCAGAAAUCAGUUUCUGGUACACUUUUCUGAUUAUUCUGUCACAAAACUUGCCUGUACAGCAACAACAGAUAAAUCCCCAAAGGUGUGUUUGAGGAGUCCUUUUAUGGAUGAGCCCUUCCAUUUAUAUGCUGCGUUCAGUGACUGCCUGUAAAAAGUAACUUGGAAAGCUGUUGUUAUUUUUGUUACUAUUGGUUUCUGGUGAAACUGAAUAUACCCAGGCAGAACAAAAACAUUCCUCUCUGAUGCUUUAGUAUGUAUACUUGAAACUAGAAGUGUCUAAACAGCUCCAAAAAAAGCAAGCAAACAAACAAAAAGCAAUAAACUUUAUGAAAUAAAAAGAAAAUUGGUUCAAGGAUGGAUUGAAGUUGGGUCAGCAUUUGGUUUAUUCAAGGCAGCUUGUAUCUUUCUCAUAGAUAUAUAUAUAUAUAAAAAUAUAUAUAUAUAUAAAGUGUAUGUAUUUAUAUAAUAUCCUCUUCCCUCUGCACUACUUCAUCUGUUCCCUUGUAUGAAUAUUACACCUUAGCAACUUUCUGCACAACCUCCCUUGAUGUUAUCUGUCAGCUUUCCUUCCCUGAGAGGUAGAUGGCAGAUCCCAUCUUGAAGGACAGGGACUGAUGACCCUCAGGAGACUCUCUCUGGUUGCAUGUAGGCUGGUGCAGCCAUUCCCAGCUGCUGACUGCAAUAAAUACUGC